UUUCCGAAAGCACCUGAACGUAGCAGAAGCAGUGACGAAGGACAGUCUGUAAGCGGCAGGGAGCUGCCCGCAUCGUCUCGUUCCGUCGCUGGACAGAAAGCUCCGUAUCCGGGAGAUAUGGAGACGCCGGGGAGAAUAUCAGCCUCAACGGAUCCUCUGGAUUUUACCGUGGAAAACGUUGAGAAGGCCCUCCACCAGUUGUACUAUGAUCCCAAUAUAGAAAACAAGAAUUUGGCUCAAAAAUGGCUAAUGCAAGCCCAAAUCUCACCUCAGGCCUGGCAAUUCUGUUGGAUUCUACUGAGCCCCGAUAAGGUGCCAGAGAUCCAGUAUUUUGGAGCUAGUGCACUCCACACCAAAAUAUCGAGGUACUGGUCAGAUAUCCCCACAGAUCAGUAUGAGUCUUUGAAGAGCCAGUUGUUCUCCCAGAUCGCCUGCUUCUCCUCUGGCUCCAAGAUGGUGCUCACCCGACUGUGUGUGGCGCUGGCUUCUUUGGCACUUAACACGAUGCCAGAGGCCUGGCCUGGUGCGGUGGCAGAGAUGGUGCGGGUGUUUCAGGAGGAAGCGGGAGGCGUGGAUGGACGGGCACGCUGCCUGGCAUUGCUGGAGCUGCUCACAGUCCUUCCUGAGGAGUUCCAGACCAGCCGCCUGCCACAGUACCGAAAGGGGCAGGUCCGAGGAGCUCUGGCGAGAGAGUGGGGGUCGGUCUGUCCCCUACUGCAACAACUGCUGAGAAGGACCGAUAGCCCCGGGGCAGUUAAAGCUCGCGUGCUGCGCUGUUUGUCAUCAUGGGUACAGCUCGAUGUGCCCCUCAGCGAGAGUGAAGGCCUGGUGCAUGACUGUUUUGGUGCGCUGCCUGACCCAGAGCUCUUCGACACAGCGGUAGAGGCCAUAGUCAACGCCAUUUCACAACCGGACUCCCAAAGAUAUGUAAACACUCUGCUGAAACUGGUUCCUCGAGUGCUGGCCCUCCAGGAUCAGCUCAGAGCAGCUGUUCAGAAUGGAGACAUGGAAACCUGCCACGGUAUUUGUCGAAUUGCUGUCACACUGGGAGAGAACCACUCCAGGACUCUGUUGGAGCAAGUGGAUCACUGGCAGAGCUUUCUGGCCUUAGUCAACAUGAUCAUGUUCUGUACUGGCAUCCCUGGUCACUAUCCAGUCAACGAGACCACCAGCUCCCUCACACUCAUUUUUUGGUACACGCUACAAGAUGAGAUUAUGUCGUUUGAGUCCGAGAAGCAGGCGGUGUACCUUCAGGUCUACAGGCCGGUGUAUUUCCAGUUGGUGGAUGUUCUCCUCCACAAAGCCCAAUUCCCCUCUGACCAGGAGUACGCCUCCUGGUCUUCUGAUGAAAAGGAGCAAUUCAGGAUUUAUAGGGUGGAUAUCUCCGACACACUCAUGUAUGUAUACGAGAUGCUUGGAGCAGAGCUGCUGAGUAACCUGUAUGAUAAACUAGGCAGACUGUUGACUAAUACGGAGCAGCCGACGUCAUGGCAGCACACCGAAGCUUUACUGUAUGGUUUCCAGUCCAUCGCAGAGACGAUAGAUGUGAAUUACUCUGACGUAAUACCAGGCUUGAUAGGACUCAUCCCCAGAAUCAGCAUCAACAAUGUCCAGUUAGCAGACACAGUGAUGUUCACUAUAGGUGCCCUUGCUGAAUGGCUGGCAGACCACCCGGUUAUGCUCAGCAGCGUAUUGCCCUUAGUGCUGCAAGCUUUAGGAAACCCAGACCUUUCUGUUUCUUCUGUUUCAACACUCAAGAAAAUCUGCAGGGAGUGCAAAUAUGACCUGCCACCCUACGCAACCAACAUAGUAGCAGUUUCUCAGGAGGUUCUCAUAAAACAAAUCCACAAGACAAGUCAAUGCAUGUGGCUGAUGCAGGCCCUCGGCUUCCUGCUCUCUGCUCUCCCUGUGGAAGACAUCCUAAGGAACCUCCACUCUCUCAUCACCCCCUACAUUCAGCAACUGGAGAAGUUAGCAGAUGAGACGCCUAACCCUGCAAACAAAUUGGCAAUUAUCCACAUCUUGGGGCUGCUGUCAAAUCUCUUCACUACUCUGGACAUCAGCAAGCAGGAUGAUGAAUCAGCAGAUGGAACGGCGCCCCCUGCUGAAAAGCCCCCUCCCUCACCUGGACCCAACCCGGUGAUUGUGGUUUUGCAGCAGGUGUUUGCUCUCAUACAGAAGGUACUGAGCAAGUGGCUCAAUGAUUCCCAGGUUGUGGAGGCAGUCUGUGCCAUCUUUGAGAAGUCGGUGAAGACUCUUCUUCACAAGUUUGGCCCCAUGGUGUCUCAGCUCAGUGAGAUGCUUGGGCAGAUGUACAGCACGAUUCCCCAGGCCUCAGCCCUCGAUCUCACACGACAGAUGGUCCAUAUCUUUGCCAGUGAGGUGGACCAUUUCCCACCAAUCAAGGCUCUGUUUGAACUGGUUACCUCGGUAACACUGUCCAUCUUCCAGCAGGGACCCAGGGAUCAUCCUGAUAUUGUUGAUUCAUUUAUGCAACUCCAAGCUCAGGCCCUCAAACGGAAGCCCGACUUGUUCUUGUCUGAGAGUCUAGAUGUGAAAGCGGUGUUCCACUGUGGAAUUCUGUCACUCAAAUUUCCUGAAGCUCCAACCGUCAAGUCGACGUGCUUGUUCUUUACCGAACUGUUGCCCCAUUGCUCAGAUGUGCCUCCAGUCGCCAGAGUGAUGCAGGAAGACGGUAAACUGUUGAUACAAGCUGUGUUGGAGGGAAUUGGAGGCGGAGCUUCUCGGAGUCUCAUGGACCAGUUUGCAGAAGUGCUGUUUAGCCUGAACAAGCACUGCUUCUCCCUGCUGGCUGUGUGGCUGAAAGAAGUGCUGCAGCCUCCUGGAUUCCCAUCAUCACGCAUCACCACUGAGCAGAAAGUCAACUUCUCCCAGCAGAUACUCAGAGAACGGGUGAACAAGAGAAGGGUGAAGGACAUAGUGAAGGAGUUCACACUACUGUGCAGAGGUCUCCACGGUACAGAGUACGCCGCCGAUUACUGAAACUCACUCCUGGAAACUCUCACCUGCGACCUCUGAUCUCAGCGCAAAGCAAGUGGAGGCCACAGCCAAACAAUUCGAUCCCCAUGAUCCACCAUGAAAUGAUUGUAACGAUGAUCCACCCAGCCGCUGGACCAAGUAUGGAACCAUUCCAGCACAGACCUGCCAUUAGAACAACAGACGCUCAACCCCAGGUUGCUCCAGAGCAGCCACCUUCUCUCCUGCAAUUGUUUUCCCGUGAUAAGAGCUACCCCCUCUUUUCCAUCUUGGAAGAGGUUUUGCUGGAAGAGCUUUGAGCAGCAUGUACCUUACAGCCCCCCCCCCCCUUUACACCCGACUCUUUCUGCCUGUCUAGAUCUUCCUGUGGUUCCUAGGUUGUUUCCUGGUGUUUAGCAUCCAUUUGAAAUGGUAGUAAUAUUGUACGUAGAUACUUUACAUUAAUUUCAAUGGUAAACAAAGUACAUUAUAUAAACGUAUAUGUAUGCACAUAUAGAAAGACAGUGGUUCUUAGUCCUGCUGCUGCUAAAAAGGGGGGGGGGGGGUGAAGGAACAAUGGUUAGGGGAGGAGUCCGCUGUUUAAAAUGAGUCAAAUACUGUUAAUUCCCAUUUAUGGCCAUGUGAUCUCAGCAUUUGCCAAAAUAUAUGUUUUUUUUGGUGAACUUUUAGGUAUUUUUUAAAAGAGGACCCUUUGGUGUAAGAAUCAAAGAAGAUGACAACGUUUGGACUAAUCCAAGUACAAACCGAACUCUUUGUGUAAGGAACUGUAGAUCCCCGUUUUCAAACUGCAGUCUCCUUGCGUCGGAGACGCUCCCUAAGGCGAAGCAGGGACUGCCUGGAGCGACGCCUGAGGGGAAACGGAGCAAUCCCAGUAAUUGACAGCGAGAGGAGAAAGAGCUGAGCUUCUGGACGGAUCGGUUCACUUGGCAGUGGACCGCUUAGUCACUGUAAUUGUGCAAAAAUAUUAAUCAACUUGUGCAUAUUAACAGUUAUUGCUGAACACUUUGAGUAUAUGAGUGUAUGAAUGCUUGUAUGUGUGAGAGCAAAUGUGGCUCUUUUUUUUUUUUUUUUUUCCACUUCUUCAGUGCACUUAUAAUGGACCUACCAGAACCAAUGCAUCUUCUUCCUCUCUUCUUUUGUUGAAGCAUCUUGUUCAUUUCUUCGCCGCAAACUGAGUCGGCACAUUCAGCCGCAGCGAUCCACAGCGUCGUGUCGGUAAAAUCUUUGACCUCCAGGCUUUCUGUUAUUGAUGGCACUGAUAACAAAAUCCCUGUGAUGAGCCACCCAGAUUUCCCUUCGCCCAUUUCAGUCACUGUCUUUGAGAAGAGCAAGAGUUGAGGGAGAACCUUCCCAGAGCCCACGUUCCCCACCCUUCAGUUCUCAUUCAUUUCACCUGAGACUGUAAUAUACACUGUUUAGUGAAUCAGCAGAAACGGCUGACGACGUGUAACACUCAGCGCCUACGUUACUUUACAGCUCCAGAGAUCACUGUUCUCAGCUUAACCCUUCUGUCUUAUCCAAGGUGCCUGCAGACAUGUAGCAUGUAAGUGUUAGUGGUGGGUGGGGCUAAAGGGACAAAUGAACUCAGAGUGGACAGAGGUACCAAAAGACUCCACGCAAAACGCAACACCUGAGGCAGGAGUCCAGUCUGAAGUGAGCCGUUCGGCUCCAUUCUGAAUCUAUGAAUGUCCUGAUGUUCACCACUGAUCCUCAAAUCUGUUCUGUGGUUCUAGCUUGCAACGAGAAACUGACCAGUGUUUGUCUAAGAUAAAUGGAAGAACUGUGUGGGAGGAACAAAAUGUACAAUUUUUUGUUUUUGUUUUUUGUACCUUGACUUUAAUUUAUUAAAUAUAUCCAAGACUGUA